AUGAUAACAAUAAACCCCUUGUCCAAAAUAAUAUGCCUAUCUAUAAUUUUGGCAUUUGGAUUUCUCUUGAUCGUAUUGAGUUGUGCUGUUUAUAAUAACUGGAGGCCAUUGAGUGUUAUUGGUAUAUUUUUGGUAGCCCCCAUACCCAAUGCAGUUUUUGGAAAGCUAGAUAACAAUGAUUUUAUGAAUGAGAGUACUUCAUCAGUGCCAGAUUUUGGGAAAUUCUUAACAGGUUUUCUUGUAUUGAGUGGUUUGGCGUUGCCUUUGAUGUUGUACCAUUCAUUGUUAAUUACACGCAAUGCAAUGUUGAUGAGUAUGGGGGGUGGUUUUUUGGUUUACUUGACCAUUAUCACUUUCGGUACGUUUUUUCAUGAGGAAGAUGAUGAGUUUUGA